AUGCCGGAUCCUAUCCAAUGUGAUAGAGCUUUACCUAAAUGCGACUAUUGCAAACACCACAAACUGUCUUGCUCGUACAAGCAAGCAGCAAAAGCAAGAAAUGCUGCAUCAAGAUCUGUUGACUCCUUGCAGCUUAGCGAGGCAUCUGGACCAGAGCCUUACCAAGAAACGUUGAGCAAUUCAAACUCGGAUUACACAUCCGAUACACAUUGCCGUUAUUCCUAUCUAGAAGGCCUUCAACUAUUAAACGGUCUACCAUUCUUCAGUGACGUUGGUCAAAACUCGAUACAGCUUGCAACUGGGUCAACCCUCACAAGCAGAUUCUUCCCAAGUCAUCCGAACGUCUCACCGUAUAGUUCUCAGUUUUCGUCUCCAGGAGACAUUCAACAUCUCUUGACCUUUGACACAAUAAAGGACUUUGCUACAGAAUUUGCUUCGUCUGCACAAUUCCUUAUCUUUCCGACCUUUAGUCUUCAUCGUUUUAUUUCCACCACGUUACCUCUUGCAUACAAAGAUGCUGAUAGUUCUUCAGAAAGACACAACGGUGCGACCAGUGCCAGGGCUUGCGUAAGGGCCAUGUUGCUGAUUGCCGAUGUUUUUGGUCAUAGCAUCGCAGAGGUUGGGGCCUCUACGCCACAGGAAUAUGCUAGGGAAAUAGAAAGGUCGUUGCCGAUGGUAAUUCGAGAGAUGACGAUGGAUGGUUUUGAGGCUUUGACAAUGCUGACUAUAUACAAAUACUUCAUUGGAGACCUCCACUCAGCGUCAUUUCUGAUCUCUAUCAUAACCCGGAUGAUCUUCAAGCUUGGAGCCCAUAUCUCUCCUCCCAUUUCAGAACCAUACGACAAGGGAAAUAUCAACCAUCACAUGCGCGACCUUUUCUGGGUCUGCUACAGCAUGGACAAAGAUCUCUGCCACAGAAUCGCCCAGCCACCUGCUAUAAACGACGCCCAUUGCGACCUAUCUCUCCCGCCUAAUUACGCCGAAAUGCAAAACUCGAAUAUCCUUAGCCUCAGCCAAUUUUCCCCAUACAAUCCCGCAACUGUACCACUUUACCCAUGGGAUAUCCGGCUGUCCAUCAUCAAGUCUCGAAUACACGACGAUCUUUAUUCGAUGAGUGCGCUAAGGCAGUCCGAAGCCGAAAUUCUAAGACGAAUUCGAUACCUUGAUGAGGAGUUGGAGGUUUGGCGUCUUACUUUGCCUCUAGAUCAUCGGCCAACGCUCUCCUUCUUGGACAAGACGCCUGUGGAUGCACACACAAACACACAGGCGAUAAUGCUUCGUCUCUCGUAUCACCAUUGUGUCAUUUCCAUUCACAAGGCUAGAUGUAGGAUGUUUAACCCUGCCGUUGGUCUGGUAGGUGACGGUCAUGAGGCAAACUUGCAAUUGUUGGUUGAUGCUUCCAAGUCAAUCUUGACGUAUCUGGAAAAGGCUUUGCCAGUUGUAGCUCAUGAAUGCUUUUGGAUUAUUCUCUUUUAUCCCAUGACAGCCAUCUUCACCGUUUUUUCCAUUGCGCUCGUCAAUACCCAAACAAACUCCGUUCACAGCAACUUGGCAUUACUUCGAGAUUUUACAAGGGUGAUUCGAAAGAUUCCCAUUCGAAGAUUGACUGUUGCUGAGGUUUCUCACUUGGCGUUUAUCGAAGACCUCGUAGCGGAGAUGAGUAGAUUGAUGGUUGCUGCAGGUCAGAAAGAGGGGUACUAG